AUGAACAACACUCCAAUCAACAGAGGUGUAUUCCUCUUCCUAUUGGGUGUCUUGUGCGUUGCUGUGGCCUUGCUCUCCAGUACCACCGAAGCUCGUCGCUCUCGUCGAGGUGGUAAUUUCAUCAAACGAGUCGCAGCAGCAGCAGCUCGAGCUCAUCAUCAUAUACACCGUCAUGUACACCAUCAUCCUCGUAUUCACAUUCGUCGUCAUCGUCAUCAUCAUAUUCCCAAACAUCAUCGUCCCAUUCGAGCCAUUGUGGAUAAAAUUGUAAAAUUGGGACGUCGACAUCGUAAACGUCUGGCACGUCGUAGUCGUCGUCGAGGUGGAAGAAAGAACAAUAAUAACCAAGAAGGAAAUGAACAACAACAACUCCCAGCAGAAGAACAGCCACCGAAAGAGGAACAACCUCCUCAAGUUCCUGUUCCAGCGACCACCAUGAAGAAGUGUCAAGCCAUUGGUGAUCCACACUAUACCGAUUUUCAAGGAAAAUAUUAUGAUUUUUAUGGAGUGGGUGAUUAUAUUUUGGCUUCUUCCAAAGAUGGAGAUUUUGUGGUUCAUUCUCGAACUGGAAGAUGGGGAAGUGUCAGUGUCAAUACUGCAUUCGCUGUCAAGGUCAAUCAAAGAAAUACCAUUGAAUUCGAUAUUGAGAGUAAUACUUUUUAUGUGAAUGGACAAACAGCACAAGUUACACAAGGUGAAGAUUUCUCAUUGGGUUCAGGAGCUGUUGCCAAGAGAACUUCUGAAAAUUCCAUGACCGUCUCUGCCAAGAAUGGAGCUCACUUGAUUGCUACUUGGUACAGAAAUCCAUCAUGGAAAUCCUCUCAAGGAUCAUUUGGUCAUAUUUCAUUGGUAGUUGAAGCUCCUUCGAAUUUGGAAUUCAAUUCUGGUUUGUGUGUCGAUAAGAGUUUCAUGUCACAAACGGCAACUGGAAUUUUACACAAUCAUGUCGAAAGAAAGGUCGUCCGUUCUCAAAAACCAAAGAAACCAACCAAAGAAGAAGUUCAAGCAGCCAUCAAGGUUUGUCGUAAAGCUGGAUUGAAGGGAAAGAAACAUCCAUUGGCUUUGAGAGCUUGUGUCUCUGAUCAAGUUCAAACUGGUGCCAAAGUUGGUAAAUCCAUUGCCAAAGUGAUCAAACAAGUCGAGAGAAUUGCUGACAAGAAGAAGAAGAAGUGGGCUCGUCAAGUCGAUCAGAGAAAUGAACGAAAGGGUAAACGUGUUGUGAAAUCCACACGACCAAAGAUUCUUCAAAAAUGUCAAGCUCUCGGUGAUCCUCAUUACACCAACUUUAAGGGACAAUAUUAUAAUUUCUAUGGAGUGGGUGAUUAUAUUUUGGCUUCAUCCAUGGAUGGAGAUUUUGUGGUUCACUCUCGAACUGGAAGAUGGGGAAGUGUCAGUGUCAAUACUGCAUUCGCUGUCAAGGUCAAUAAUCUCAACACUGUGGAAUACAAUGUCGAAACUAACAGUUUCUAUGUGAAUGGUAAGAAGAGUGAAGUUCCAAUCAAUGAAGAUAUCACUUUGGGUGACAAUGCUGUUGCCAAGAGAACUGCUGAAAACUCAAUUCGAAUUUCUGCCAAGAAUGGAGCUCAUUUGAUUGCUACUUGGUACAGAAAUCCAUCAUGGAAGCAAUCUCAAGGAUCAUUCGGUCACAUUUCAUUGGUAGUUGAAGCUCCUCGUGAUGUUCUCUUCAAUGCUGGUUUGUGUGUCGAUAAGAGUUACAUUUCACAAAAGGCCACUGGUUUGUUGCAUGAUCAUAUUGAAAGACAAAUUGAACGUUCUCAAAAACCUAGAAAACCAACCAAAGAAGAAGUUCAAGCAGCCAUCAAGGUCUGUCGUAAAGCUGGAUUGAAGGGAAAGAAACACCCAUUGGCUUUGAGAGCUUGUGUUUCUGAUCAAGUUCAAACUGGUGCCAAAGUUGGUAAAUCCAUUGCCAAGGUGAUCAAACAAGUCGAAAGAAUUGCUGACAAGAAGGAAAAGAAGUGGGCUCGUAAGGCAAAGAAAUCCAGAAAGGGUAAACGUUCUUCUUCGACUGGUUCAAAGAAGAAGCGAUCGACCACUGGUAAGAAGAAGAGUGGUAAAAAAUCAAGAACUACUCGUAAACAACGUCGUUCCUCCUCUACAAAGAGAAGAUCCAGUAACAAGAGAAGAUCCAGUAAGAGAAGAUCUUCCAACAGACGUCGUGGUCGUCGUGGUGGUGCCUCUCGAAGAAGAACAAGUUCCAGAACCAGACAAGCUCAACGUCGUUCCCGCCGAAUUCAACGAAGAGCCGCUCGUGAAGCUGCCCGUCAACAACGUCUUGCCCGCCGACGAGCUCAGAGAAGAGCCCGCCGUGCUCGCCGACAACAACGUCGUGCCGCCCGUAAACAACGCAAGUUGAGACAACAACGAAAACUCGCCCGUAAACAACGACAACAACAAAAACGUGCUGCCCGUAAACAACGUAAACAAAAAAGACGUACUGCCCGUAAACAAAAGCGCGUAUUGAAGAAGUUGGCCAAGAAGGCAAAGAAGCAAGCUCGUCGUAAUCGCAAGUUAGCCAAGAAGGCUAAGAAGCAAGCUCGUAAGGUUGCCCGCCGUGCUGCUCGUCGUGCUCGCCGCAGAAUUCAACGAAGAAAACGAUCCUUGAUUAAGAAGCUUCGUCGUAGACUUGCCAAUAGAAAGUUGAAGAGAGCUGCUCGUCGUGCUGCUCGCCGUGCUCGUAAACUUGCUCGUAAAGCUAGAAAGUUGUUCAAACGUGCCUUGAAGAAGGGAACUCGUAAAGCUAUCGCUAGAGCCAAAUGUUCAAGAAGAUUGGCUCGUAAGGCCCGUCGUUUGGCUAGAAAACUCUCUCGAAAGAUUGCCAAGUCUCAACGCAAGAUUAAGAAGCAAAUUAGAAAGAUUAAGAGAGCUGCAAAGAAGGCUGUUAAGAAGGCUAGUAAGAAGGCAGCCAAGACUGCCAAGAAGAGAUUCUUGAGAAGAAUUGCUUUCAGAAACAAGCUCAAGAAGCAAGUCCGUCGUGCUGCUUCCACUGUUGUUCAAAGAAGAACUGUGAGAAAGAUUAAGGCUUUGCUUCGUAAGGCUGCUGCCAUUCGUAGAAAAUACGGUAAAAAGUUCAACCCAAGAAAACACUUGCCAAAGAAACUCGUUUUGUUGAUUAAGAAGUUGAAACUCUCCUUAAAGUGUGCAGUGAGAAGAAAGAAGGGACCAAAAGUGACCACACUUGGCAAGAGAUUGGUAAAGAAUUUGAUUCGUGUUGCUAGAUGUGCUCGCAGAAAAUAA